GGGAGCAAGGCGAUCGCGCACAACAAAUAGAGAAAAAUUAAUUAAAUUGUUUCGAAAUAGAAAUAUCGGAAAAAGAAGCGCUAACUAACAAACAAGCACGCGGCAAAUCGGAAUCGGAAAAAACGGGUCGAACAACAAAAUCAAAACAAAAACCAAAUUAAAAUCAGAUAUUAAUAGUACAUAAAACACCAACAACAAAAGCUUCUCUGAAGGCUGUCAAUGCACCAAAAAGACAACUAAAAAAAUAAAUAAAAUCAAUAAGAAAUGGCUGACAUGGAGGAGGUGCCAGGUAAGGCUGCCAGUCGCUUGGGAAUGCGACACUUGCAGGCGGCUUUGCUCUUCGUUGGACUGGCGGCCAACACAAUCCUUCAGCUGAAUGUGGGCGUGGCAGUGGUGGCCAUGACCAAUGACACAUCCUCGACAACGACGACAACAACGACGACUUCCAGUGAAGAUGGCGACACGCCCCAUUACAACUGGACGGAAGUGGAGAAGUCCUACAUCCUGUCCAGCUACUACUGGGGCUCUGCUCUGGCCCAGUUUCCCGCUGGAUAUCUUUGCAAGCGCUUUGGCUCUAAGGCUGUGCUCUUCUGGGGAACUCUGGGAUCAUCGCUGCUGAGUGCUCUGACGCCCCAUGGAGUCUAUGCCGCUGGCUGGAAGGCUUUCUGUGGCAUCCGAUUGUUGCAGGGUCUGUGCCAGGUGACCUGGCCAUGCAUCCACCAGCAUCUGGCCAAUUGGUGUCCCACAAAGGAGCGAACGCGGCUAGGAGCCUUUGCCUAUACAGGUUUCGAUUGUGGCAAUGUUUUGGCCAUGUUUGGAACGGGCAUGAUAGCAGGAUCCUCUUUGGGAUGGCCUGGUAUCAGUUACUCGGCGGCAGGACUUGGGCUAGUAUGGUGCCUGCUCUGGUUACUAUUGGGCGCCAAUAAGGCCACCGAAGCCAGGUGCAUUAGCGAGGCGGAGAAGGCCUACAUUGUGGGUGAUCUGCAGCGAGAGGAGCGCAAGGAUCCGCCAAAGAAAAUGGAGAUCCCGUGGAAGGGUAUCUUCACCUCGGUGCCUGUGCUGGCCCUGCUCUGUGCCAGGUGUGCGGAUACCUGGGGACUGGCCACCAUGCAGGCGGAGUUGCCAACAUAUUUGAGCGGUGUCCUGCACCUGGACAUGAGGAGUAAUGCAUUAUACUCGGCUCUGCCCUUCCUGCUCAUGUGGUUUAUGUGCUAUGUGUAUUUGAUCAUAGCUGAUGUACUGCUACGUAAAAACUGGCUUAGUUUGACGGCAUUAAGGAAAACCUACACGAGUGUGGCCUUGUGGGCACCGGCCGCUAUCCUGCUAUCUCUGGCUUUUGUGGGCGAGGGUCAGAAGACCUUGGUCCUGGUCCUUGUAACCCUCAGUGUGGGUGUGAGUAGUGCUGCUACCAUUGGCAGUGAAUUAAACACCAUGGAUCUGUCACCGAAUCAUGCUGGCAUCUUGGCCGGAAUCCUUACCAGCUUCACCAAUCUGGUGGCUCUGCUAACACCGCUAAUUGUCGGUGUCCUGGUCACAGACUCCACCCAGCGUAGCCAGUGGCAGGUGGUCUUCAUUCUUGUGGCCGGAGGUCUCUUUGCCGGGAAUGUGAUCUUCCUGAUUUGGGGAACAGCUGAGACACAACCCUGGAAUGAAUCCAAGGCGGCGAGAAGGAAACUGAAGGCGGAAGAGAAGCUUUUCCAGCAUACAAAACUAGAGUUUGCUUCGGAAAAUUCGGAUGGCAAUGGUGUAGCUUUAAAAUUGAAUUGUAAAAAUCCCUGAGAUGUAGAUUUAAUUAUUCAUUUUUAUUUUGUUAAAUGGAAGGA